AUGACGGAAGAAUCUUCACCUCCUCCUCCUCCUCAUCCAAUUAAAUCUCCCGCACCAGUUCACAAAUCACCACCACCGGUUUACAAGUCACCACCGCCCCCGGUGCACAAGUCUUCCCCACCACCACCUGAGUACAAGUCUCCACCACCAGUUCACAAGUCUCCCCCACCACCACCAGUUUACAAGUCUCCUCCCGCCGGUGCACAAGUCCCCACCACCACCAACACCCAAAAGCCCUACAAGUACAAGUCCCCACCACCUCCUCCACCAGUCCACAAGUCUCCACCACCACCAACCGAAAAGCCCUAUAAAUACAAGUCUCCUCCACCUCCUACACCAGCUACAAGUCUCCGCCGCCACAGUUUACAAUCCCCACCGCCUCCCCAUUACGUCUAUUCAUCUCCCUCCUCCUCACCACACUAGAUAGUAGCUUUGAUAGCAUGCUUUACAGGUAAAGUAUCGUCA